AUGAGUUCUUCUUCUGGAAACAACACAUCAAGAAAACACAACAACACAAGUAAGAAAAACCCUAAAAUCAAGAAAGGAGAAAAAUCAGACAUGUGUCGCAUGGCCUUCUCAAAGCACAAACUAGGGCUUUUCAACAAGGUCACAGAGCUAUCAAUUCUAUGCAAAGCAAAAACUGCAUUGAUCAUCACUUCACCAAACAAAAAAAUGUAUGCAUGUGGUUACCCUAAUCCUGAUGCUGUGAUUAGUCACUUCAUUGGAAAGGAAAGCCAUGUGAUCGACAAUGAAAUAAGGAGGCAAGAUGAAGAAACAAUUGAAGCCUUGAGUCUUCAGCAAGAAGCACUUUUAGAACAAUUGCAAGAAGAGAAGAAUAAGUUACAAGAAGCAAUAGAGGCAAACAAUAAUAGUUCUAAUUUUCCUAAUUGGUGGGAUUAUUCUAUUGAUGACAUGAGUGUGGAAUCCCUUGAGCAAUAUAAGAGUUCUUUAGAAAAUUUGAAACUUAAUUUAGUUUCAUCUUUGGAAGGGAAAUAG